CUGCGUCUGUUCCUUCAGACCAGAAGCAGUCGAAGAAGAGAGAGAGGCUCCUUGUGUUUUCCUGUUUGGUUGGCCUUCAACUGGAUUUAGCCUGUCAAAACUGCACCAGAGCAACGUGGGAUAAAGUUGUUGAAAUGUGCGUUAAAUCUUUUUGUUAUAUCGUACUGUAUAAAACUGAUGGUUUUGAUUAUGAAUUGAGGGGUCUUCAGCUCGUGGCUCAGAGAUGGACUUUGACUCUCUCGCCGCGACAUUAGCACGAAAGCAAAUCAUUGCCAAAGAGUGUUAUGAACAGACAUUUCCAUUUUUAUGGUGGUCUAGCGUUCUUAAGUAAUGUUAAAAUACAUAGAUCAACUUAUUUAAACUAACUAAUGAGAAGAAAGUGCGUUUUAAUGUUGUUAUACACUGCCCUGAAAUGUGACUGUCUAACUGGCUCAGUGUUUAUUAAUCAAAGUUCAGUGGCUGAAAUAGAUGACAUUUAGCUAACGUUGAGUAGACUUUCUGAACAUUUAACAAUCCGAAAUGUAAGUGUUGGUGAUUCAGAGUCAAAUAAAUUGUGAAUAAUGGCGAAAUGUUAGUGAAAUCGACCGUCAAAUAGAGGUUUAACUUUCCUAUAACGGUACAUAAAGGAGAAAUGUGUCACUGUUAGCACCCACGCCAACUUAAAUGGCAGUCUGACCGUCACUGUACAGUAAACAACAGGUACAACGAGACCGCUGUGAUUUAUCACUUCAAAUGUUCGAUUAGAAUCUUUGGUAAAAGUCAUCUUUAUCUGUAAUUUACUUCAGCUUUGUUUGUCCGAGUACUCGUUAGUUUACAUUACAAACCGCUUCAAUUAAAACCUGCAGCCUUAUCAGCGAGUUUAACCGAAGCACUGCUGAUCUUCAUAUCUGAGCUGUUUGUACUUGAAGUGAUAUCAAAACAUCAUUUUUACUGUUUACUGAGUUAUUGACUCAGUGGCUCACACAGUGGGCCUUAGCCUACCUUUGGUUUGGUUACGGUGUAUGUCGAGGAUAGCAGUAUGAACAUGACGCUGACAGAUCUGGACUGAAAUUUUCUAGAUUUUAUACUUUUUUCCCCCCAAAAUCUUUGAUUCAGAUUUGUGAAACCUUGAUCCUGUGUGUAAAAAUACCUAUAUCAUUGUUCUCACUUUUAUUCAGUAUCAUAAUUAUUAUGUAUUUAUUUGAUCCAGACCACAUAAGACAUGGUCCUGAUUAAAAACUUUCAAAUCUACACUUCUUAUAUCUGGUUAAGAUUAUUCUAGAGGCGUUUUAUUAAAAAAACAAAUUGUCAGAUUUCUGAAAUUCCAAAACUCAUUAUUAUUUUCUGUCGAGACAGCAUGGGGACAUCAGGACAUCGCCCUGAUCGAGAACUGCAAUUCCUAGAUUUCACAGAUCUGGCCUGGAUUUUCCUAGAGAGAUUAGGGACUUUUUCAAACACAGUUACAGAUAUGUGAAACCUUUAAUCCAUGCUUGACAAUUCAAGAAAAGGGGAUUUGAUUCCUAUAUUCGGUCACAGACUAGUUCACAUACCCAAAUUUUCUCAAACUUUGUCUCAAGAAUUGUGUUGACUCUCUUGAAUAAUCUAGUCUUGAUCAGACAAGUUUAGGUGUACUAGUUUUAAAUCAGGGCCUUGUUUCUGAAACUCUCCUCCAAGAUACUAACAUCAGUGUGGUAAAGGGGUUUACAGACUCACAACCAAUGAAUCCCCAAGCUUUAAGGUUGAUUGUAUGUCUGUUGAUGAGAUGUGGCUCCCUAAAAAGCUGAUUACUUUUUCUCUCACACACACAUUUUUAUGAGAAAAAGUUUAAUUUUUGGACUUUUGUCAAGUCUCCUGACCAGCUGAAAUUGGAGAAGGUUUUUCCACUACGGGAUCACAGGGGGUCAACUGGCAGGCCUUUGGUAAUGAUUACCAAAUCAUUUAAGUAAGCAGCGUAAACUGCAGGCAAGUUUUAUCAGAGCUGGUCCACAUGUAGGGCUUUGAUGGUUUUUCUGAAGUUCACCAUGUUUUAAAUGGAAUUUCAGUAUGGUUACGGUCUGUUCAAAAACAAAAAGAUUGUUUUUUCUUAAAUUAACUUUGAGAAAAAUAUUUUAGAAGUUCAAUUAACAGCUUACACAGCAUCUCAACUCAACUGUUCUGUCACUGUCUGACUUUUUGUCAAGAUGAUCCUAUUUUCUUUUUACUGCUUGUUUCUUUCAGCAGGUGCUGUUUGGACUUGCUAUCUGCGACUGAGACUUGAUUGGGUCAAAAGUGAAAUCUUCUGUUCUCAUCAUCUCUAACGAUGAAUGAAGUAAAUAUCGUCAGAGAGGGCUGGCUUCACAAAAGAGGUGAGAGCCCAGAGUAUCUGUGACAGAAAGACUUGAAAGGUGUUGUUUUUGUUGCUGGUUUAAACUUUUGGGCUCCAUUUGAAGAACACCUACAAUGACACAGUCUCCCUUUCUCCAGUUUUUCACUGAAUUGACUGGACGUUGUCCUUUUUUCUGAUCCAGGUGAAUAUAUCAAAACAUGGAGGGCCAGGUAUUUCAUACUAAAGAGCGAUGGUUCCUUCAUUGGUUAUAAGGAGAAACCGGAUCUCAAUGACCAGACUUCCCCACCACUCAACAACUUUUCAGUUGCAGGUCAGUUCUCCAGAGUUUAGAAUUACAACUCUUAAGAAAAGAUCUUUAAGAACUUUUGUUUUCCACUUUCUUAAUUUUAAUCAUGUUUGUAUUUUUGUACAUUUCUGUCCUGAAAGUGUAAAUCCUCUCCAGCUCCCUGCAAACCUCAGUUCUGAUGAUGUUUUCACAGAAUGCCAGUUAAUGAAGACUGAAAGGCCCCGUCCCAACACAUUUGUCAUCCGUUGUCUACAGUGGACCACUGUCAUUGAACGCACCUUCCAUGUGGACAGCAAUGAUGAAAGGUAGGAAAAAUGUCAAUUUUCCACUCAUCCUGUGUCAAACUAUCUGACUAUAAGACUACAGCCGGAUCAUUCUCUGCAAUAAUAGAUUUGAUUAUAACAGAGUAAUCUAUACACUAUUGUGGCCGCCUUAGUUAAAAAAGCCUGGACACAUCCCCAUAUAGGGUCAUAGACAAAACAGUGGGACCUAAAUACUACAAGUAAUUAACAGAUUUAUUAACAUUACAUGAGUGACAGGGAGGACUCUGCUGCAUGUGCUGGCUUGAAAAAAUGUGGAAACAUUAUUGAUAUCUAAUAUCCGUCAGAGUUUACAUCUGUAGUUAUUUUACAGCUAUAGUAAAUAGGUGUUUAGAUUUACAUAAAACAUUGGGAAUUUUUAGUUAUCAAGUCAUCAGAGUUAUUAAAAGAAUUGUUUCAGAUUCCUGAAAUGGAGUAGAGUAGCUUCUGUGUGAAUUGAAUAUCUGACAAUUAGUGGGAUAUUUGCUUCUCAGAGAGGAAUGGAUGCGGGCAAUCCAGUCUGUUGCAAACAGCCUGAAGAUGAGGGAACAGGAAGAGGAGGAACCAAUGGAUAUGUUCGGCUCACCAAGCGAAAGCAGCCUGGAGGAGAUGGAGGUAGCGAUGUCUAAGAGCUGCAACAAAGUGGUGAGUUGAUCCAACGCUCAGGACAAAGACAACAGUGAACUCAAGUUAGAUCUUUAAGCUCUUCUUUAUGUGUUAGUCCGUAGAGGAGGGUCAAAGAAACCCUACGUUUAAUUAUCAAGCUGCUGUAUUCAGUUACGUGAACAAAAACUUAUUUGCAUGUAGUUGAAUCAGCUUCAUCAAAUAUCCUCCAUAAAAAUGGGAAUAUUUACCAUCUGUAAUUUAGAGAUUGUAGGUCUAAAUCCCCCCUUGCUCACCCUUCCCUUUUGUGAAGCAACGGUGGCCUUUGAGGUCAAAAAACUCCUGUAAAUAAUGAUGUAUAUGAACCUCUAUCUGUCAAGUUUUUGACAUCAAAAACACCUACCAACAUAAAUUCUUCAGUGCACUAAGCUAAUAUAUUUAGAUGACUUUACACCAGGAUAAACUUGCUCAUGAGUUUAAUGUUUCAUUCCUACUAAGUCUUUCCUAUGAAAUGCCGGCACACACUGUACCUAAUAGUAAAAAAUAAAACAGGAGUUCAUGUGCAAUGAUUGGUUCAUCAGAUCCCGAUUUGUCGUCGCUUUUUUUAAAUACACACACUUUGAAAUUCAAGUCUUAAUACCUCUUGAAAUCCCUCACCUCUGACUUAUAUUUGUUACAGAACAUGAGUGACUUUGAGUACCUGAAGCUGCUCGGUAAGGGGACAUUUGGGAAAGUGAUUCUGGUCAAAGAAAAGUCCACCGGAGUGCAUUAUGCCAUGAAAAUCCUGCGGAAAGAAGUCAUCAUAGCAAAGGUGAGUAAAAGGUUUGGGUUUUAGGACAGUUGUAUGGAAGGUGAGGUGGUCUACACUCUUAUCCAGCCUCUACACCAUCAUCUUUGAGAUGCAUUAGAUGUACACUCACCGGCCACUUUAUUAGGUACACCUGUCCAACUGCUCGUUAACACUUAAUUUCUAAUCAGCCAAUCACAUGGCGGCAACUUAGUGCAUUUAGGCAUGUAGACAUGGUCAAGACAAUCUCCUGCAGUUCAAACCGAGCAUCAGUAUGGGGAAGAAAGGUGAUUUGAGUGACUUUGAACGUGGCAUGGUUGUUGGUGCCAGAAGGGCUGGUCUGAGUAUUUCAGAAACUGCUGAUCUACUGGGAUUUUCACGCACAACCAUCUCUAGGGUUUACAGAGAAUGGUCCGAAAAAGAAAAAAUAUCCAGUGAGCGGCAGUUCUGUGGGCGGAAAUGCCUUGUUGAUGCCAGAGGUCAGAGGAGAAUGGCCAGACUGGUUUGAGCUGAUCGAAAGGCAACAGUGACUCAAAUAACCACCCGUUACAACCAAGGUAGGCAGAAGAGCAUCUCUGAACGCACAGUACGUCGAACUUUGAGGCAGAUGGGCUACAGCAGCAGAAGACCACGCCGGGUGCCACUCCUUUCAGCUAAGAACAGGAAACUGAGGCUACAAUUUGCACAAGCUCAUCGAAAUUGGACAAUAGAAGAUUGGAAAAACGUUGCCUGGUCUGAUGAGUCUCGAUUUCUGCUGCGACAUUCGGAUGGUAGGGUCAGAAUUUGGCGUCAACAACAUGAAAGCAUGGAUCCAUCCUGCCUUGUAUCAACGGUUCAGGCUGGUGGUGGUGGUGUCAUGGUGUGGGGAAUAUUUUCUUGGCACUCUUUGGGCCCCUUGGUACCAAUUGAGCAUCGUUGCAACGCCACAGCCUACCUGAGUAUUGUUGCUGACCAUGUCCAUCCCUUUAUGACCACAAUGUACCCAACUUCUGAUGGCUACUUUCAGCAGGAUAAUGCGCCAUGUCAUAAAGCUGGAAUCAUCGCAGACUGGUUUCUUGAACAUGACAAUGAGUUCACUGUACUCAAAUGGCCUCCACAGUCACCAGAUCUCAAUCCAAUAGAGCAUCUUUGGGAUGUGGUGGAACGGGAGAUUCGCAUCAUGGAUGUGCAGCCGACAAAUCUGCGGCAACUGUGUGAUGCCAUCAUGUCAAUAUGGACCAAGCUCUCUGAGGAAUGCUUCCAGCACCUUGUUGAAUCUAUGCCACGAAGAAUUGAGGCAGUUCUGAAGGCAAAAGGGGGUCCAACCCGUUACUAGCAUGGUGUACCUAAUAAAGUGGCCGGUGAGUGUAUGUGUGUGUGUGGGUAGGGGGGUCACAGACGGUGCUGGGAACUUAUUUCAGUCUUUUGGAUUUAACAGUUUUUCUGUUGAUAGAUAAAAGAUGUUGUCAAACUAUCAUGUUGAUUCUCUUGAUCCUGUUGGUGGAGCUUUUCUUUUAUAUGGGAUUUUUUCAGUAUAGUAAAUAAAGUUUGUGUCUUUGCAGGAUGAAGUGGCCCACACAGUUACAGAGAGCAGAGUGUUACAAAACACACGACAUCCUUUCCUCACGGUGAGAGUACUGACAAAUAAACCACUUGGCAGUAGAUGAUUGUGAGAGCACCGCUAGCUGAUGCAGAAUCUUUCUAGUACUGUUUUGGAGUAGUGUUUGCCGGCAGCAUAUUCUAGUAUUUAAUAAUUUGCUAAUCAUAACACAACUAUAUUUAAUUGAAAAUAGUGCAAAAACAGCCUAUCAAAUGUUGCAGUAACAAUGCUUCGUAAGGACUUAAGGACCAUGGAGACCUGUUUCUGUUUUUAGUUUCAUGAUGUUUCAACUGUUUUUAGUGGAUGACCAGUCUGGACUGCAGGCAGGCCAGUUUAUCAUGGGUCUCUUCAAAUACAGAGCCAUGCUUUUGCAAUACUUACAGAAUGUGGUUAAGCAUUGACUUGCUGAAACAUGAAGGUCUUUCCUGUAAAAGGCCUUUUCUGGAUGGUAGCAUAUGUUGCUCCAAAACCUGUAUAUACUGUUCAGCAUUAGUGGCGCCUUCCCACAUGUAUAAGUUAUCUAUGCUUAGACUGUUUGCAUCCCAGUUCCAUCAAGUAUGGUGGCUUUUAAACAAAUGACAAGCCAGUUGGUCCCUCUCUCCCUCUGAGAGAAGGAUGCAGCAUCCAUGAUGUCAAAUUUUAAUCCAUGAAAGCGCAGGGCAGUUUUCCAUUUCACCUCAGUCCUUUUUAAAUGGGAUCGGUCCAUGUUUAUAUUUGGUGCGUGGUACAGUAUUGAUCUGCAUUUCAGAUGCAGCAACAAACCGUACCCGCAGGGGGCUUUCUUUGAAAGUGAGUUAAUUGAAGCCCACGUACUGUUCGGGUCAAAUUUGACCCGUUUUGACUUUUAACAGCAGUAAAAAUACCCUAAAUAUCAUUUUUUAAGCCUGAAACUUGAUGACUUUAAUAUUCAAAUAUUCAUGUGUAUUUUUGUUUAUGUGCUACAAAUUUUUCCCCUCUAAGGCUGUUACAGGUCAAAUUUUACCCAUAUCUAUAUUUAGAUGGAUUUUAGAUCUAGCAGUGUGGGACAAGUGACAAACAGUAACAACCGUGUUCAAUAUAAGGUUUGUUGUUCAAAAAGAUAUAUUCAAAUCAUUAUGAAACUAUCAUUACCUUGACAGAAACACACACACACACACGCACGCACACAGACACACCUAGUCAGAGGUCAAAAUGACCUAACUAGUCAAGAGAACUUUCCGUGACAGAAAGCUGCUCUUUGAACUCUUUGAGGGGGCAAUUUUGACCCGGAACAUACUGUGAGGGUACAGGAUUUGAACAGUAUUUGAGGGUUAAUCUAGUGCUGUCUGGGGGCCUGAAGACCCCCCACUACUCAGUAUUGGGUUUUGUCUUUUUUAUACAGAUUUUCUCUGAAUGGUUUAACAAUAGUAAAUACUGUUGAUGAAAUCACAAUCUUUGCCGUUUAACAUUAAAGAACAUUUUCCUGAAAACUCUCAACUAUUAGCUCACUCAGUCUGUCAUAGAUUGGUCGACCACUUUACCUUUACUUCUGGGGGACUUAGCCUCUCUGUGAUGCCCUUUUUAUACGUCGGUGUUACUAACCUGUUGUAAAUUCCUUCAUUAGUCGAAACAUGUAGUAAUUUUCUGGUAAUAGUGUUGUAAAUUUUCUGUCUUCUAUUUAGUGCAGUAAUCCAGAUAUUGCAGCUCAAGGUCUAAUUUUUCAAAUCACAUUUUACUUUCAAUGUUUAUAUUGAGCUUUUUUAACCACAAACCAAACCAACACAAUCAUUUCGAUAAGAUUAUGGGCUCAUUAAAAAAGGCAUUAAAACACCUGGCUAUGUUUUUUUUCCCAAAUGCACAUAAACUCCCUGAACACUAGUUUCAGUGUUAAAAUAAAAUAUAUAACGUUCAUGUUUAAUGCUCGUAGAGAUUCGUCCACUGAUUUUGUAUUUUUGCUGAUUUUGUAUAUGAUGUUUUUUUUUUCCUGCAGACAUUGAAGUAUGCCUUCCAAACUCACGAUCGACUCUGUUUUGUAAUGGAAUAUGCCAAUGGUGGCGAGGUGAGACCUUAAAUACACCUGAUUUUAUUGCAGUCAGAUGUCAGCCGCUUGGACAGCACACUCAGACUGAUUUUCACAGUUAAACCGUUUUUUCCAUCUUGGUUAGUGUUUGAUUUGACGUGCUCUCAACUCUUCCAGCUCUUCUUCCACCUCUCACGUGAACGAUUGUUCACAGAAGACCGGGCACGCUUCUAUGGAGCUGAAAUAGUAUCAGCACUUGAGUAUCUCCAUUCACGAGAUGUCGUUUACCGUGAUCUGAAGGUAAGAACUUUUUUAUAUACUUAAGUUUUUCAAUAUUCAAGUUACAUCAUGACCUCAGAGAAGGGGAUGUGAUAAACACUUAGUGAUGAGACACAAGGACAUGUACACCAGAUGCAAGAUGCAGAGGUAGAACAAAAUUUGAGAAUGCCAAAGUAUGAAGCCAGGAAUCUCUUAACCUGUGAUUGUCAAACUUUGAUGUGAUGUUUGCUAUUUAAUUUUUUUUUAGCUGGAGAACUUAAUGCUGGACAAGGACGGCCACAUCAAAAUCACUGAUUUUGGUCUCUGUAAAGAGGGGAUCACCCCUGAUGCCACCAUGAAAACUUUCUGUGGAACUCCUGAGUAUCUGGCACCCGAGGUAAGGCAGCAGAUUUUGACUUCUACAGCUGUAACUCCACCCCGGAGUUGAUGGUUUACGUCAUAAUCUGUCACAAGUUGGAAAACAGAGAUGAAAUCUUAGUUCUGAGAAUAAAAGUGGAAUCCCAUGGACACUUUACAAAGUAACCUCGUACAUACGUUUUGACUGAACAUCUAAUCGCAGGAGACAGAUGUAACACUGGCACACUAGUCGGAGAUAAGAAACUUCUUAUCUGUACUUACGCAAAUGACACUUUGUUGACCCCUUUCAACUCUUAAUGCAAGUUUGCCUUUACUACUGUUUCCUCUUACGGAGUUUGGUUUUUACUCUGACUGUUACCUAAAGAAUUUUCUGCAGUAAAUAUCUCCUCCUUUUUGAUAUUUUUUAUUAUCGUACUUGUUCAAUUUCUAAAAAACAAACACAAAAAACAAAUGAAAACUGUGUACUCAAAAGCUGUCUGUAAUGUUGAGUCUGUAAUCAGUGAGAUGAUGUUAUAAAAAAUUAGAUAUGCAGGGUUUUCAAACUUGGACCAGAGAUCCCCGGGAUUUUGAGAGACUUUCUUGGACACCAGAGAACCAGAGAUUUAAAUAGUAGUUCAAAUGUCUUGUUUUGCCUUUUAUUGCACCAACAUGUCAACUUCAAAGUUUAUGCUCUGGUCAUUACAAUUCAUUAAAUUUUUUACUCAUUUUUACACUAAUACACUAGUGAGAAAACAUGCACAAUUUCUACCUGUAGAUAAUCCUUGUUCUGACUUAUGAAGCCUUCGAACAAAGGUUUACUCUACCUAAUGCACACAGGCCUUGAUCUCAGAUAUGAUGACUGGUAGAAAGUGUUUCCCUCUUUCACUCCCACCUAAACAUUUGCGGCAUUUCACACUAACAGGAAGUGAUAAGUUAGAACUCAGAGGAAAUGAUGGUUUAGGUCUGAAGCUCAUUGCUAUGCUUUUUAUAUGUGGGGUUGUUAACUCAAAGUCAAGUUUCUGCUACUGUUUCAAAUCUGUAAUGAGGUAAAUGUCUGUUUCUCAGGUCCUAGAGGACAAUGACUAUGGCCGGUCUGUGGACUGGUGGGGUCUGGGUGUCGUCAUGUAUGAGAUGAUGUGCGGCCGUCUGCCUUUCUACAACCAGGACCAUGAACGAUUGUUUGAGCUCAUCCUCAUGGAGGAGAUUCGCUUCCCCAGAAAUCUGUCACCCGAGGCUAAGUCCCUACUCGCUGGCCUGCUCAAGAAAGACCCUAAGCAGAGGUAUUAGACCAGAAUGAGCAUGUGCAUUUGCAGCUUUUCUUAAGUUACCUUAUUGCUAUUUCAGACACCUUCUUUCUGGAAAUUACAGGUUAGGUGGAGGUCCCAAUGAUGCCAAAGAAGUUAUGAAUCACAAAUUUUUCAUCACCAUUAACUGGCACGAUGUUGUACAGAAGAAGGUAAGAUUCCAUGAGGCUAGAAAGGGGGAAACUGGGGUGUGCACACAGUGGAUGCUCUUAAUAUUCUUCCCUCAGUAUUCACAGGUUUGGCUAGAAGCUUUAAAUGAACAAUUGUAGAAAAUGUAAAUACAGAAUUCUUGUUGCAUCUUCCACACAAUAAGUUGUACAUUUUACUGUGUACUUUAAAAAACAAAGCAGGUCACAAUUCCUCUUUUAUCUCAUCUUAAAAACUCUGUUCAUACUAAAUCUUAUUGCUGGUUUAUUAACAUUUUUUUUCCCCCGUGUCAGCUCACCCCUCUCUUCAGACCACAAGUGACAUCAGAGACAGACACCCGUUACUUCGAUGAGGAGUUCACAGCCCAGACUAUUACUCUAACUCCUCCAGACAAAUGUAAGUAUCCUCUGACUGGCAGAUGUUUUGAACCAUUUGAGUCUGAAAGUUGGCGGCAGUAUUGGCCAGUCUUCUUUCAUCAACCUUUAUUAUGCGUGGUAUUGAUAGAGUCGGAUUGAAUGAGUUUGAUAGGCUCCAUUAUUGAUGAGUGUCACAGGGAUCUCUAGUUUUACAUCUAAGUGCAGAGUGAUAGACUUAGUCCAGAGAUUUGAGGGUAGAAGCUGCAGCAGGUCUAUAGAUGAUAUCACCAUCAUCUAAACUGAAAGAAAGACUGCUUCAGUAACACUUUUUCAACAGGUAGGAGGACAGUUGGAUCUGUCUGUAUACAUAAAUCAGAGUUUCUGCUGAGGUUUGCCCUUGAGGAUUUAAUAUGGGUUUUAAAUGUCAGUGAUUCAUCAAGCCAGACACCGAGAUGUUUAUAUAAUCGCACCGCUUCAAUAUCACUUCCAUCCACAGAGGAUGGUUGCAGACAGCUAAAUCAAUAUCUCCCGCUCUAAGCAUAAAUUCAGUUUUGCUUGCAUUAAACACCAACUCAAAACUAACAAGUACACUCUGCAGGGCAUCAAAAUAAAACUAAUUUCUCAACAGUGAGCUGGACAGAGUCAGCAGAACAAUACAGAACAGUUUUGUGGAUAGGAUAAGGGUUCAACUAUAAUAUUAUCUAAGACUAAUUUUUUUCGAAAAAUAUAACAAUUUGCUGUUAAAGCUCAUAUCGUGCCUUUAAAUUUAAGUUUGAAUAAGCGAUUUAAUUUUAAAUGAGAGCAUGUUAUGUCUUGAUAACCAGCCUUGAUUGCAAAUUGGAGCUCCUGCAGGAUACUGUCUUUGAACUUUCCACUGAUCAAACUUUGCUUGUCUCUGAGAUGAGUGUAUAUUUCUUGUAAAGAAGUUUGAUUUUUUUUCACUCUGAACACUUUUUUUAAAAUUGAUAUAAGGUUGAUAAACAAUCCGUGGUCAGGAAAAUGUUCUGUGUAUGCCUUUAAGCCACUGAUUUCUACUGUCUUCUUCUUACAGAUCACACUUUGGACUGCGAGGACCCAAGCCAGCAAGCACAUUUCCCCCAGUUCUCCUAUUCUGCCAGCAUAAGAGAGUGAAAGCAUCUCUGCCCUAUAGACACACACACACCAAAAAAACAAAAACAAAACAAAACAAAAAAAAAACAUGAGGCAUAAACACCUUAGCCAUAUCCUUAAACACCUGUAAAAGGACCUUAACCUCUGUCACUGACAAGGUCUGGGUUCUAUCAGGAUCUCUCAGUGCCUCGACUAGGGGCCAUAUUUAGGAGAAGCCCUCUUUAGUCCACACUUGGAACAAAAGCCUGUACUGGACACUGGAGGUAGUGUAUCAAACUGGAGUACCUCAUGUAGAAAUAGUCCAGCACAACUCAACAAAAUCAGGGCUCUGUAGCACCUAUGGAUGGGCUAUAAACAACUAAUGCUGCUUUUUCAGGCUGUAAACUACAGACAAUCUUUGAUACAAUCCUUUUCUGCCUUAUGAAAAACCACGCAGGUCCUUCACGAUUGUUCCAAGUGCUUUUCUUCAGAACUAUGAGCUAGCUGCUGUCUAUGGUCACAGUCGAGUUUAUGUUAUGAGGGAGGAAGAAACAUGACAAUAAUCUCUGCCAGGUGUGUGUGUUUAGAUUCCCUUUUGUUUCUGAAACAAAAAGACAAAAAAAAAGCAGGCGGCAUUGUAUCCAAACUGUAUGUCAAUAGUUUAGUCAGGAUGUCAGUGACAGCAUGACGUGUGUAAGAAAACGCUUUACAAAUAUACAUCAGCAGCAGCGAGUGAAACCGAAAACAGAGUCUGAAAAAGCUUUGACAAAGUGAAACCUAAUGUCUGAGAGAGCCUGUCUGUUUAAAGGAAAUAACUUUAAAAUUUGUUUGCUUUCAUUGGAGAAUGUGAACUUUAUACCUUAAAGCACAGAUUUCUUGCAUAAUAUUUUUGAAUUGUCAACAGAGUUUUGAUACUCCUAGAUUUACAAAAUACACCACCACUAUGUAAUUUUACAACAACUCAAUUUAACCAAGCUGCAUUUUUCCUGAUGGGUGUGUGUGUAUUAUGUAGCUAAAAGCUUCAUGAAUUGACCUCAGAGCUCAUUAUUUAAUCACAGAGGGGCUAUCAUGCUCAUUUUCACUGUUUGGAUCGUCCCCUCUGGAGGAUUUUACACUAUUCACAGCUCAAAAAACUCUUUUUCUCUCAGACUUAUUAAACCCUCAUAUUAGCUUCCACCUGAAAGGACUAAACCAGUUUUCUGGAAGCCUUUCCUAUUUUUGCCAAUCUGCAAAGUCACCAUUAUUGGGUUAACUAUUGUUUCUUUAUUUAAAGUAACAAUUUUGAAAUAUAGCUGUAUGUUUUUGACCAUGAAUUCAAAGAAGAAAAUCCCUAGCGACAAAGAACAGGUCAGGUCGUUUAAGGUCGAUAAUUUUAAUGUUAAAAUGCACUUUUAAGGAGACCCACCAGCUGGUGAUGUCAGAAACUGAACAUGUCUCAUGUCCCCCUUGCUUAAUUUUUCCACCUGUAGUCCUGUUCUGGGAUUACACUAACACUUGCUUACUUCUCAAUCCAAGACUCUACCCUCUUUUUUUGACAUCCAAUAUUUAACUUGGUAUUUGUUUAAAAGAAAAAGGAAAAUCUCACUUCUCAAUAUAAGUGUCCACUUUACCGAGUAGAAAAAGCUCCAAGAUAAGAAAAGCUGGCGUCAGAGAUCCAGUCUGAGUCAUAGUUCUGUUGACUUCUGUUCUCAGAUUUUGAUCUAUGUCAACAUAGUUUAGAAUAUUUUACUCCUGUAAAUGAAUUUCUAGCAGGGUGCUUGUGUCAGACAUAGUUUGUGAAUAAAUGUAGAAACCCCGAAAAUAAGUCCCCCUUUUAUGUUGUGUAAACACGACUCAUUAUAAAUGGAAAAACGCGGCCUAGCACCAAAAAGACAGAUUUUUCAGGGAUGUUCAUAUUCAGAGUGUCACCAUUUUCUUUCUGUCAAAGCUUCAAUUUUAAAACUUCAAAUUCACUUUUUUUCAACCAUCGAUGUAUUUCUAAGAACGUAGCCUUAUCCCAGAUAAUAACUUACUAUCUUUUCUUUUAUGUGCUGGAGACUUUACACGUUUGUUAGCUAUGAUGAGAAGGCAGAGGUUGUAAUGCUGUAAUUUACCAUUCAAAGUUGAAUAUUAGAUUGUUGGAAUAAGUUGUGAUAUGACCCCGGACAUAACUGUAAUUUUAUUUUUGUUGUUUGUAGAAAAUCAAGGACCUCUAAACUGUGCUGCAUUUCAGUCAUAUCUUGUCCUACAAAAAUGUUCCGUUGAGGUGCAAACAUCAUUAAUGAUCCUGUAAGAGACUGUGUGAGUGCAAUCGUGACCUCCACUGAUACUAUGCCAUUUAUUUUGACUCUUCUUUCUACUGAACAUUAUGAAAUUGUAACCUGAAGGGUGAACCGUUCCUAUUUUCAGAUGCUCUACUCUUCUACUGUAUAGGUUAAUACCCUGCAUUGCAUUGGUGCUACACUGGUGAUUUGCUGGUAAUAAUGAAAAAGUGGUGCAGAAAACCUGCUCAGCGUAACAUUUGAAACAGAGCCUUCUACCAAAUGUAUUUUGAAAUAAUUCCUGCUUUUGAGUAUUUGUCUUAUUUCUUGAUAUUCUGGUAAUCUGAUGUUUUCCAUAAUACUUCCUGUACCUCCUUCACAGUUUCAAAUUGAGGAAUUUCCUGAUUGUUGAAAAAAAUGUUUUUCAACUUCAAGAUCCUUUCUGAACUUGCUGUUUCAAGUUGUCUAUGAAUUUAGUUCUGAAAAGCAAUUAUCACUACCUGCUUUAUUUUGCACCAUCUUUGUACAUCCUUGUGUUUUUGUUGAUUCUCAAUCCUGCCACUGGGAGUUGCUCAAACUCAGUUUUCUCCCAUCAGUCUUGUGGUAUUAAAGGUAACAAGGGCUUGAAGUGUGCAAAGAAGGGCAAAGUGAUGCUAAGUAUACAAGUGUUUACCUCAAGACACAAAUGUUUUGUUAGUCUAACCCCUCCCCUUUUUCUGUAUUUUCCACUUUUCUCUGAAACGGUAUGAGGCAGAUGUUGCCUGCAGCCAAUCAGAGAUCACAAAGUCCCCUAUUCUGUCUACAACUGCAGCCACACUGACGGCAGACAGACUGUAAACAGAGGGGUGUCUUUCCUUUCUCAAGGCAACCAGCUGUUAAAUUAUGACAGAUUGAUCAUGUAAACAUUAAAGGUAUUUCCUAAUGCCCCUUUUGUUCCUGAGCCAGAUGCCUCAUCGGUCACUGCCCUUCACUGAACUGACACUGUAAAAAAAACUUUUUUAAAAGUCCAGAUUUUUUAUCCAUUUGAUUAUGAGAGUAUAAUUGUUUUUCAGGAAUGAAAACACACCAGGGUUGUCUGUUUCUUUGAUAUGUUUGACCACAAGAGGAGCAACAUUUUUCCAAUCUUAUGACUUUCAUGCUGAAAUGGGCACUGUUCGUUACACUACAAUAAAAAUUCAGACGUUGUCAUAGUGACUGUA